AUGGCAGCAGCGGCCGCUGCUCCGGAAAACGUUUCGAGUGUCUUCGACUUCCCGGAAUACCCACCGCCGAUGACGCCUCCUCCGAACCAGACGCUCGCGGACUCCGUCGCGCCUCUGCCUGCGAAUGAGCUCAGCGGUGACCCGGCGCUGAAGAACUUGAAGAUUCACUUCGAUACCGGGAAGUUCGGCCCGCCGGUCGAACUCGUGCACGCCUACUUUGAUUUCUGGCCGACGGGCGUUGCGGUGAGCAGCAAUGGAAGGAUAUUCACUUCCUUUCCGCGCGGCAAUGAAACCUUCACGCUCGCGGAGGCUAACACCGCCACCACCGAGGUGCCGUUCCCCGACCAAGAUUCGAACACACCUGAGGCAUUUGUCAACACGACGAACCCUGGCUUCAGCAUUGCGACCGAGAAAUUCCUCCUAGUCCAGGCGGUCGUCGUUGACGGACUGGACCGCAUCUGGGCCCUUGACGUCGGGCGGCCGCGCGUGAACGGAACGACGCUCAUGGCCGCCUCCCCGGGCGGCCCCAAGCUCCUCGGCUUCCACCAGAACGGCACGCGAUUCGCGACCUUCACCUUCCCCGCCUCGGUCGUCCCCGCCGACUCGUCGCUGAACGACCUGCGCAUCGACCUGCGCGGCGACGGCUUCGCAUACCUCCCGGACAGCUCGCCGCAGCGCCCGGGGCUCGUCGUCGUGAACCUGCGCACGGGCGUGUCGUGGCGGCAUCUGGACAACCACCCCUCGGUGACCGUGCAGGUCGAUCUGAUCUCGUUCCACAACGGAGUUCCGAACUACAUCCAUCCGCCGAUAUCGCCGUUUGCAGUGACGCCGUUCAAUCGGUUCGCGGCGGAUGGGGUGGCCCUGUCCUCAGAUGGCGAAUUUUUCUACUUCGCGCCGUUGUCUGCGCGCAGGCUGUUCCGCAUCCCUACGUCGUUCUUGAAGAUCCAGCCAUCUGCGGUUAAUCCUAACGCAAUCAUCCUGGCCAAUCAGGCGGUGCAGGACUUGGGAGAUACUGGGAGCCAUCUUAACGGGCUCGAGAGUGACGAUCAGGGUUUCAUCUACCUGACCGCCCCAGAGCACAACGCGAUCAACCGCUUCAACCCGAAGACAGGCAUGAUCGAGCCGUUCGUCCGCAACCCGUUCAUCCAGUGGCCGGACACUCUCGCCGUCGCUUCCCUGAAGUCCGGCGGAAACUUCCUGUACUUCACUUGCAACCAAUUGUGGCUGAGUCCAGACUAUCAAAAUGGGACCGACCUGCGCACGAAGCCGUACGCUAUGUUCCGUGUCCCGAUUGAGGGUGGGAAGGCAAACCAGCUGUGAAAGGCAGAGCGUCGGUAGCGAUGAUGCCGAGUGGUUUGUCUGUCUGAUCGUUAUGCAGCGCUUCCUAUAUCAUCUACCUGUCGAACGACUUCCAUAGCGCUUUGCCGAGUAUCGUCGCAGCUUCGAUGUGGAGGCGAGUCCCCACAUUUGAAAGAGGCGCG